UUAGGAGUCUCUCAUGUUCUGUCUCCCUUUCUGAUAUUCCCCACACAUUUUUUCUCCCUUCCCUUAUAUUCCCUUUCACUAUUAUUCAUAUUCCCCAAAUGAAUGAGAACAUACACUGUUUGUCCUUCUCCGAUUGACUUACUUCACUCAGCAUAAUACCCUCCAGUUCCAUCCAUGUUGAAGCAAAUGGUGGGUAUUUGUCCUUUCUAAUGGCUGAGUAAUAUUGCAUUGUAUACAUAUACCACAUCUUCUUUAUCCAUUCAUCUUUCGAUGGGCACCGAGGCUCCUUCCACAGUUUGGCUAUUGUGGACAUGGCUGCUAGAAACAUCGGGGUGCAGGUGUCCUGGAGUUUCACUGCAUCUGUAUCUUUGGGGUAAAUCCCUAACAGUGCAAUUGCUGGGUCGUAGGGCAAGUCUAUUUUAACUCUUUGAGGAACCUCCACAUAGUAUUCCAGAGUGGCUGCACCAGUUCACAUUCCCACCAACAGUGCAAGAGGGUUCCCCUAUCUACACAUCCUCUCCAACAUUUGUGGUUUCCUGCCUUGCUAUUUUUCCCCAUUCUCACUGGGGUGAGGUGGUAUCUCAUUGUGGUUUUGAUUUGUAUUUCCCUGAUGGCAAGUGAUGCGGAGCAUUUUCUCAUGUGCUUCUUGGUCAUGUCUAUGUCUUCCUCUGUGAGAUUUCUGUUCAUGUCUUCUGCCCAUUUCAUGAUUGGAUUGUUUGUUUCUUUGGUGUUGAGUUUAAUAAGUUCUUUAUAAAUCUUGGAAACUAGCCCUUUAUCUGAUACGUCAUUUGCAAAUAUCUUCUCCCAUUCUGUAGGUUGUGUUUUAGUUUUGUUGACUGUAUCCUUGGUUGUGCAAAAGCUUCUUAUCUUGAUAAAGUCCCAAUACUUCAUUUUUGCUUUUGUUUCUAUUGCCUUCAUGGAUGUAUCUUGCAAGAAGUUACUGUGGCUGAGUUCAGAAAGGGUGUUACCUGUGUUCUCCUCUAGAUGUAACUGAAUACACAUUCUUCUCGAGUGCACACGGAACUUUCUCCAGAAUAUACCACAUACUGGGUCGCAAAUCAGGUCUGAACCGAUACCAAAAGAUUGGGAUCGUCCCCUGCAUAUUCUCAGACCAUAAUGCCUUGAAACUAGAACUAAAUCACAAAAAGUUUGGAAGGAUUUCAAGCACGUGGAGGUUAAGGACCAUCCUGCUAAAAGAUGAAAGGGUCAACCAGGAAAUUAAGGAAGAAUUAAAAAGAUUCAUGGAAACUAAUGAGAAUGAAGAUACAACCGUUCAAAAUCUUUGGGAUGCAGCAAAAGCAGUCCUGAGGGGGAAAUACAUCGCAAUACAAGCAGCCAUCCAAAAACUGGAAAGAACUCAAAUACAAAAGCUAACCUUACACCUAAAGGAGCUAGAGAAAAAACAGCAAAGAGAUCCUACACCCAGCAGAAGAAGAGAGUUAAUAAAGAUUCGAGCAGAACUCAACGAAAUCGAGACCAGAAGAACUGUGGAACAGAUUAACAAAACCAAGAGAUGGUUCUUUGAAAGAAUUAAUAAGAUAGAUAAACCCUCAGCCAGCCUUAUUAAAAAGAAGAGAAAGAAGACUCAAAUUAAUAAAAUCAUGAAUGAGAAAGGAGAGAUCACUACCAACACCAAGGAAAUACAAACGAAUUUAAAAACAUAUUAUGAACAGCUAUAUGCCAAUAAAUUAGGCAAUCUAGAAGAAAUCGAUGCAUUUCUAGAAAACCACAAACUACCAAAACUGGAACUGGAAAAAAUAGAAAACCUGAACAGGCCAAUAACCAGGGAGGAAAUUGAAGCAGUCAUCAAAAACCUCCCAAGACACAAAAGUCCAGGGCCCGAUGGCUUCCCAGGGGAAUUCUAUCAAAUGUUUAAAGAAGAAACCAUACCUAAUGUGCCCGCUUUCAAGAUGGCGGCGGCAGCGUUGGCCUUGUCCGGCGUCCUCGGCCGGGUGGGCUGGAGGCUCCUGCAGCUACGGUGCCUGCCCGUGUCCCGUUGCCAGUCAGCUGUGGUGUCACGUGCCUUCCAUGCUUCCACUAUGCAGCUAAAGUCUUCAGAUGAGCAGAAGCAACAGCGUCCCCAAUCUUUUUCUCAGCAACAGUCCGAAACACAUGAGGCAGAAGAACCCAAUCCAGAAUCUUCUCGUUCACCCCCCAGGUACACAGAUCAGGGCGGUGAGGAGGAAGAGGACCAUGAGAGUGAGGAGCAGUUGCAGCACCGCAUCCUGACCGCAGCCCUGGAUUUCGUGCCUGACCACGGGUGGACAGCAGAGGCAAUUGCAGAAGGAGCCCAGUCUCUGGGUCUGUCCAGUGCAGCAGCCAGCAUGUUUGGGAAUAAUGGCAGUGAACUGAUACUGCAUUUUGUGACCCAGUGCAAUGCUCGACUCACUCAUGGGCUUGAAGAGGAGUAGAAGCUGGUCCAGCUGGGCCAGGCAGAGAAGAGGAAGACAGACCAUUUCCUGAGGGAUGCAGUGGAAACCAGACUGAGAAUGCUGAUCCUGUACAUUGAGCACUGGCCCCGGGCCCUCAGCAUCCUCAUGCUCCCUCACAACAUCCCAUCCAGCCUAAGCCUGAUCACCAGUAUGGUGGAUGACAUGUGGCAUUAUGCUGGGGACCAGUCCACGGACUUUAACUGGUACACCCGCCGAGCCGUGCUGGCUGGCAUCUACAACACGACAGAGCUGGUGAUGAUGCAGGACUCGUCCCCAGACUUCGAGGACACUUGGCGCUUCCUGGAAAACUGGAUUAAUGAUGCAAUGAACAUGGGCCACACUGCCAAGCAGGUAAAGUCCACUGGGGAGGCACUGGUGCAGGGACUUAUGGGUGCAGCAGUGAUGCUCAAGAAUCUGACAGGUCAAACCAGCGCCGGUGAGCGGGACAGCGUGUGAGCUAGAGUGCCCAGAAGAAAAGCUACAGAUAUAUUGAAAGGGCUUUGAAAACUAUGAAGUGCCGUCCAUGGAACAGGGUGUUAAUGGGAAAACACUGAAGGACUCCUUAGUCACUCUGACAGCCACCUAGAAACCACAGAGCACUUGAUACACCUACAGCUGUAGCCUAUAAUCAGGCUACUUCUUUAGUUCCAAGUGCUAGGCCAAGCCUCCUGAUGCUUCUCUUCAUUGCAGCUGGGUGACUGAAAAAUGAGGCUCUCAUCCAUUCAAGCCACAGAAACCCAGCACAUCUGUAUCGUGAUCUCACAGAUACUUUGAUCAUGUCUUAACCUUCCUAGAGUGUUCUCUGGGGCUCCCAAAUCGGAGUCAGGGUGUGAAGCCAUUACAAGGUGGCAGCCCAUCCCUAGCACGGCACAGGCUUGUGCACACAGGUGUUCCUCACACCCCCUCUCCUCUCUGGCGUCCUGAGAUGCUGCACCUGGGAACCCCUUAAAAAGCUGCCUCACCUAAGACCAGUGCCUCCGGGCAGUGGUACUCAGCCUGGCUAGAGGUGGGAACCCAGGCCUGUUUUUGUAUUACACGAGUAUGUGUGGCAGGAUUAUAAAUGAACUUAAGAAUCUGAAAAAAUAGUAAUAAAUAUGUUGGAAGCAAAAAAAAAAAAAAAAAAGAAACCAUACCUAAGCUACUAAAGCUGUUCAGAAAGAUAGAAAGAGAUGGAGUACUUCCAAAUUCAUUCUAUGAGGCCAGCAUCACCUUAAUUCGAAAACCAAAGACCCCACCAAAAAGGAGAAUUACAGACCAAUAUGCCUGAUGAACAUGGAUGUAAAAAUUCUCUGUAAGAUACUAGCCAAUAGAAUACAACAAUACAUUAAGAAGAUUAUUCACCAUGACCAAGUAGGAUUUAUCCCCGGGAUGCAGGGCUGGUUCAACAUUCGUAAAACAAUCAAUGUGAUUCAUCAUAUCAGCAAGAGGAAAAACAAGAACCUUAUGAUCCUCUCAAUAGAUGCAGAGAAAGCAUUUGACAAAAUACAGCAUCCAUUCCUGAUCAAAACUCUUCAGAGUGCAAGGAUAGAGGGAACAUUCCUCAGCAUCUUAAAAGCCAUCUUGAAAAGCCCACAGCAAAUAUCAUUCUCGACGGGGAAGCACUGGCAGCCUUUCCCCUAAGAUCAGGAACAAGACAGUGAUGUCCACUCUCACCACUGCUAUUCAACACAGUACUAGAAGUCGUAGCCUGAGCAAUCAGACAACAAAAAGACAUUAAAGGCAUUCAAAUUGGCAAAGAAGAAGUCAAACUCUCCCUCUUCGCUGAUGGCAUGAUAUUCUACAUAGAAAACCCAAAAGACUCCACCCGAAGAUUGCUAGAACUCAUACGGCAAUUUGGCAGUGUGGCAGGAUACAAAAUCAAUGCCCAGAAGUCAGUAGCAUUUCUCUACACUAACAAUGAGACUGAAGAAAGAGAAAUUAAGGAGUCAAUCCCAUUGACAAUUGCACCCAAAAGCACAAGAUACCUAAGAAUAAACCUCAUCGUAGUUUUGACUUGAAUUUCCCUGAUGAUGAUUGAUGUUAAGCAUCUUUUCAUGUGUCUGGUGGUUACCUAUAUAUCUUGUUUGGAAAAAGAGUGUUGAUAUCUUCUGCCAAUAUUUUAAUAAGAAUUAUUCUUUGUCGAGUUGUAGAACUUCUUUAUAUAUUUUGGAUACAAACCCUUUAUUAGAUAUGUCAUUUUCAAAUAUUUUUCUCCCAUUUUGAAGAUUGCCUUUUAGUUUUCCUGAUUGUCUACUUCACUGUACAAAAGCUUUCUAUUUUGAUGAAAUCCCAAUAAUUUAUUUUUGUUUUGUUUCCCUUACCUCAAGAAACAUAUAUAGGAAGAAGUUGCUACAGCAAUUGGUAAAGAGGUUACUCUAUAGUUUCUCUUCUAGGAUUUUAAUGGUUUCCAUAUCACAUUUAGGUACUUUAUCCAUUUUGAAUUUAUGCUUGGGUAUGGUGUAACAAAUUUUCAUUCUUUUGAAUGUUGUGGUCCAAUUUUCUUUUUUUUUAUUUUUUUAACUUAAUUUAAACCCAAUUAAUUAACGUAUAGUAUAUUAUACUUUCAGAGGAAGCAUUCAGGGAUUCACCAGUUGGAGAUAACACUAGUGCUCAUGACUUCCCGUGCCCUCCUUCA